AUGAAUCGAAAAUUGCAGUGUCAUACAAUCGCUCGUAAAAUGGCAAAGAAAAAACCGGCGGUGGAAGCUGUCGACACAGAGCAAUAUAUUGUGGACAAAAUCGUCGGAAAUGAAAUCAGAGAUCGUGCAAUUCACUACAAAGUGAAAUGGGAAGGAUAUUCAGCAGAAUACGACUCAUCUGAACCUGAAUGGAGAAUUACAGCCGAACAGAAAUUGAUCGAUUUCGCAUUGACAGUCAUCGUUCCUGAAACAUAUGUUGAUACGAUUCCAACGAUACUCUCACAAUUGAAAAGUUAUGAAUAUGACGAAGAGAUAAUUCAGACCGCGAUCGAUCCAUUGUCCAUCCUUGCCUUAACUACUGUACAAUGCGGAAGUGUUAAGUUUAUCGACAACGAUUCGAUUGGCAGCAAAUUAUUCUUUCUCGAGUAUCUCCGAGACAUCAAGCAGGAAUAUCUGCUUCAUUCCGCUGUUCUUCCGUCGGAUGAAGUGAUCGAUCAGAACUUGAAACGGUACAGCGCCGAGCUCAUGUAUCGUCUGUAUGCAUUCCCAGAACAUCCGCACAUUCGAAUUCUUAUUCCGGAGGAUAUCGAAAAGCUAUUCUACUCUCCUCCACUACUUUCGCAACUCCUCUUUGAGCCAGUCACCGUUGAGAUAUACGACAGAAAAGAAAACCAUCUAUUUGCUCCACAAUCCACCGACAUCGGUUUCAAUAAGACACGCCCAUUUCUUCAUGAAUCAUACCUCAACGUGAAAAAAUAUUAUGACCCACGAUGGUUUGAACACUUCUUUCUAGACAGACGUCUGCUUUACAAUGGAAUGCAACGAGAUGUCAGUUCUCGAGAUCGUCGUUUCCGAUGCAGUCUCUUAUUGGAACAAGAACUUGGUCGAGGAUGGGUCCUGAGAGCUGGACAUGACGUUGAGGAGGAAAUUCCGUUGAUUAUGAUGGCAGGAGUGAUUCGUCCAUGCCAAGAGGCUCAUAGAUCUUUGUGCCGUUUUGGAGAACGAGUUGCAUUCUCUUCUUUCAUUGAAAUCCCUGGAACCGACUCGUGUCUAGAUCGACGCGAAUUCCACGAUUUCACGAAGUAUAUUCCACAUAGUUGCAACCCAACUUGCUCUGUUCGUCUCGUUAAAUCUGGAAAUGAUUAUCCAGACCUUGUUGUUUACUCUAAAGUCAAACUUAACGAAGCCAACAAUCACACGAUCUCGCUGGACUACUAUAAAGGAUUCCGAAAAGAAGUCAACAGAUACUUUCACAAAAAUAAACAUCCAGAAGGAAAAGUGUUUCAUUUGUUCGAAAAGAAAAUGGAUUUCGUUCAAUGUCAAUGUUUGAUGGGAGGUAAAUGCAGAAACGUUCUGUAUGUUGACAGAUCUCUAAAAGCUGAAAAUUCGAAUGCGAAAAAGAAGCAUAAGCUGGAAGAUAUGGAUCCACAAUUCCAGUUCCGAGGAAUGGCCGUUGUAGAUGACACCAAGAGAAUCUGGGAGAUCAAAAACGCUCAAUUUGUCGAAUGA